AUGGAGUCAAGAAAUAAAGUUCAUGAAAUAAACCAAAAUGAAAAUCAAUCAAAUGAAGCUGUUGGAAUGGUUCAAGGUAUACUCGAGUUGGUAGAAACUCGUCAACAAGAAUUGAACGUUUUAAAACAACAACUUGAAGAAAACAAAAUUGUUUUCGAAGAAAAACAAACCCGUAAUCACGCAAUGAAAAUCUACGUUAAAGAGAAACUAGCCAAGGAGGAACUGCUUAAAAAUAUGACUACUACAUCGAAGAGUUUAAACACAAAAAUACUUUGUAAGGCCCGCGACGUGUACACUGAUACAGUCAAAUAUUCCAAUCUCUUGGUUAUUGAUGAGAAGAAUUUGAAAAAAUUAAAACAAGACUUCAACAACAAAGCAGGACUAAUUGAAAUAAGACAAAAUAACCAUGACAAGAAGUAUAACGAACUGAAGAAGGAACUGGAAGACCUUACAAGGAAUAACAGUGAAGCUGCGACGGAAAACGAAUCAAUGGCUCAAGAAAAGAAUUCAAUAUAUGAAGCGAUAGCUGACAUAGACCAAAAAUUAUCAAUUCGAGAACGAAAUGUUGUUUUUGAAGAAGAACACAAGACUAACAUGGAAUUGAAUUGUCAAUUGAAGAAAGAAAUCGACACAAUUGGUAACGAUUACGAAGAAGCAGCUAAAAAACUAGUUAUCUUAAAAGAAGAUAACGAUAAAAACCAGCAAAAGCAUUUGUACGAGUUAGAAGAGUACGACAAAAAGAUAAAUGAAGUAAAUGCUACAUUAAAUGACUUAACAACUCAAUAUCAAACAAACCAAAAGAUUAACGAAGAAGAAACUUGUAAAUUGGAUUGCCAAAUCAAAGAACUCGAAAACCGCAUAGAAAUCCAACUAAAUCGAGCUAAAGAACUUACCAGAAAGGAUGAAGAAAUCGACUUAAUAGUAAAAUUCAACCAAAAUUCCCUUAAAUAUCAAGAAUAUCUGCUGACCCAAACCAAAGAGUACGAAAAAGAAAUCAACGAAAUUGAACGUGUAAAGGAUGAAUUAAAAACUUUGGAAUCAAACGCGGAACUUUGUGAUAAAAUUCUGCAAGCAACGUCAGAUGACGAGGCGAGCUUGAACUGUAUGGAAGAAAGGUGGCGUGAAAUAAAUUUAAAAAAAGAAUUGUUAACAGAAGACUAUCAAAAGGCGCUGAUCAAAAAACAGGAACAGAUUAAUGAAGAAUCCAAGCUUAUGGAACGCGAGUGUAACGACAUUUCUUCCGACAUCACUUUAUCGGAUUUGGAAAAUAAUGGCAUAAAACGGAAAAUUGAUGAACUGGAAAAAGAAAAAAAUAAACUCAAAGACGUUUUAGAGACAUUGGAGAAGCAAUUGAAACUUAAGGAAGAAAUGGAAAAGAAAAAUAGUCACUGGGAAAGUGAUUCUACUGCUUGUGAUGAAAUCGAUACAGGUUUUUACGCAAGAGUCCAGAAGAAACUAAAAACGAAUCAUUGGUAUAAAUAAAUAAAAGUAUUACGUUAAAUGGUUAAAUUUAAAAAUUUCAUCUUAAGUUCCAUCCUAAGUUAUCGUUAGAUUUUUAUAUAGAUUUAGUUUUG